UUCAACUUUAGUUGAAAAUACAGCAUAACAUCCAUCACAACACUCACCACAAAACAGAAAAACCUGUCAAAUUAUAAUUUAUAAAAUUAAAACAUCACCAAGAUGGCCAAGGAAGAACUCCUUAUGGAGGGCCCCAAGCGGCUCAAUCACGAGCUGGCUUUGAUGCUGGAGGAUACCAAGAACCUGCAGUUCCGCAACUUAAUGCCCGAGACGAAUAACCUCUUCAAGUGGACGGCCCUGCUCAUGCCAGAAACGCCGCCUUAUGACAAGGGUGCCUUCAAGCUGGAGAUUGACUUCCCGCAGGACUAUCCCUUCAAGCCGCCGCGCUUUCACAUCAACACAAAGAUCUAUCAUCCGAAUGUGAAUGAACGCGGCCAGGUGUGCAUGCCCAUUCUGGAGGCGGAGCAUUGGUUGCCCACGGCUCGCAUUGACCAGGUGCUUAUGGUGCUGCUGGCCACCAUUAAUACGCCGCAGGUGGAGAAUGCCUGGAACAUGGAUAUGGGCGGCGAGUAUCUCAAUGAUCCAAAGAGAUUCCAAAAAAUGGCCGAGGCCUGGGUGCAGAAGUACGGUGAGCCAAGGCCCACGGAGCAGGAAUUGGCCAAGUUUGCACGGAAGCGGAAGAAGAUGAUGGCCAAGAACUAGGGCCCGAGUCGAGACUACAAAUAAAUAAUAGUAAAGUGAAAAACGAGAGUGUAACUUAAUUAUCCUUGAAGCUUACACAGGAAUAUGCCCGUAACUUUCUCUCCUUUCCGAAAAAUCCUUUUGUUGGAACAAAUUCCAAACCAAACACUAUUAAAAUCGUAUUCGUUUCUUGUUUAUUGCCGCAA